AUGAAAGUUUCUUAACUAGAGAUCUUAAGUCCACUUAAGUCCACUUAAAUACAUUUAUAUAAUUAAAUAAUCAUUAAGAAACCCAAGUGGGUUUCAUGGGACAUGCUCACUAGUCCAAUAUUCAACCAAGGGAUAAACCCACGAAAAAAAAAAAAAAAUUCACUUAGAUAAACCAUAUCUUCAUCAUGGCUUCAAUAACCUCAGCCACCGUCGCAAUCCCAUCUUUCACCGGUCUCAAAUCCACAUCCUCCAAACCCUCAGCCGUCGUCAGAAUCCCCACCGUGGCGUCAACAUCACCGAAGCUCACCGUGAAGUCAUCAUUAAAGGACUUCGGAGUCGCUGCCGUAGCGGCUGCAGCUUCCAUUGCUUUGGCUGGAAACGCCAUGGCAAUAGAUGUUCUCUUGGGAUCAGGAGAUGGGGCGUUAGCCUUUGUUCCCAACGACUUCACUAUAGCGAAAGGUGAGAAGAUUGUGUUCAAGAACAAUGCUAGGUUCCCACACAACGUUGUGUUCGAUGAGGACGAGAUCCCAAGUGGUGUUGACGCCAGCAAGAUCUCGAUGGACGAGCAAGAUUUACUUAAUGGUCCGGGAGAGACGUACGAGGUUGCUUUGACUGAGCCUGGGACUUACAGCUUUUAUUGUGCGCCGCAUCAGGGUGCUGGUAUGGUUGGUAAAGUUACUGUUAACUAAUAAAAUGUGACUGUAAUGUGACAGAGAAUCUCUGAGUCAGGUAGAGGGUUUUGUUUCAGCCUUACAUAAGGUGUUUUGAACCGAAUGGACCGUGAUAUGUUAUAUUGUGACUGGUUCCAUAAAUGGUAUUUCUUGGUAUAAAUUA